UUCAUUAUCCCAUCCUCCAAGCUGCCUGCAGGCUUUGUUUCUUGUUUGAUUGAGAGAAAAGUUUUCAAUGAAAGAUCAAUCAUCAAACUCUCUAUCUAUUCCCAGAAAGCUGUUAGUUUAUCCAUGAUCAAAUGAUGUCUAUAUCAAUCUCCAGCUAACCUGCUUUCUCCUCUCUCAGAUUCAUGUGCAGAAAGCUAUGGAGAUAGAUGAGAUCUGUUCUUGCUAAAACACACAGAGAAAAACUAGGUUUUUUGGUUCUGCAAUUCUGCAAAAUUCCAUGUCUUCUGAAAGCUACUCUCAAGAAUUCUACAAUAAUCCCUGCAGAGAGAUGAUGAUGAGAAUUCAUGGGGGGUUUGAAGGAGACGCGCCGCCACACUCCCACGGCGGAAUGCUGGUGGAGAUGGUCGACAACUACCGGUCUGCGUGGCGGAAAUCCGCCGCACAAGUUCUAGAAGAAGAGCAGAUCCAAGCUUCCAGCUAUGGCGGCAGAUCAUGGCCUCACAAAGAUCCACUCUCACUAAACCAAGCACUUCCAUUGAUGAAUCUUAUCCAUGUCAAACCCAGCUCCCCGGAAUCCAACCUUAUCCAUCAAGGAUUCCAAGUUGUUAGUCCAAUGAUAACCAUGGAAGCUCAUCAAGGGCUUUCAUUGUCAUUGAAGAUGGAGGAGUUUCAGACAAGAAACGGAGGGAUUAACAACAAUUACUACCCUAACCAAGAAUUAUUACCUAUGGGCACUCAUUUUCUUGAAGGGGAAAUUCUGUCACGUCAAGAGGUGAACAUUAUGCAGGUACGACACUCGAGGUACCUAAAGCCUGCCCAGGAGUUGCUUCAAGAAUUUUGUUGCCUGGGAAGAGAGUUUCACUUCAAGAAUGGUGGGAGGGUCAAGAAGAAGAGUGGGAGUGGAAACCCUAGCUCCGGCGACACGGAAACCGGUGACUCUCCGGUUGAGCGGCCGCCGUUAUCAGGUGCAGAAAGGUCUGAGUUUCAGAGAAAGAAAAUCAAGCUGUUAGCUAUGCUUGAAGAGGUUGAAGAUCGGUAUGUUCGUUACCGGGAGCAGAUGCGGGUGAUUGUGAGCUCGUUCGAUUCGGUUAUGGGAUGCGGCGCGGCGGCGCCGUACAUGGGGUUUGCGCAGGCGGCGAUGUCGAGACAUUUCCGGUGUUUGAAGGACAGUAUAGUGAGUCAGCUCCGGGAGACUUAUAGAGCUCUGGGGGAGAAGCAAUUGGGCGUUUCAGGGAGUUUUGGGUUAACGAAAGGGGAAACGCCGAGGCUGAAAGUGCUAGACCAGAAGCUGAGGCAACAGAAAGCUUUGAACCAGAUGGGAAUGGUGUUGGAUUCUGAGCCGUGGCGGCCGCAAAGAGGGCUUCCCGAGCGGUCUGUUAAUGUCUUGAGAUCGUGGCUUUUCGAGCAUUUUCUUAACCCGUAUCCGAGUGAAGCAGACAAGGUUUUGUUGUCUCGCCAGACUGGUCUGUCUAAAAAUCAGGUUUCAAAUUGGUUCAUUAAUGCUAGGGUAAGGCUGUGGAAACCCAUGGUGGAAGAAAUGUACGAACAAGAAACUAAAGAAGAAGAAGGAGGGGGAGAAGAAAUAAACGCACACACACCAAUGCUGCGUGACGAUGAUAAUAAUAACACUAAGGAAAUUACUGCAACAACUUCGCCGACGACGACAAAACCGACAACAACGUUACCGUCGGCUGCAGCGACAAAAAGAUGCCAAUUCAAUGCGACGGAAAACGACUCCUCACGAACCAACAUCAUCAAUAAUUAUGCGCCCCAGUACGCCUCGGGAAACCAAAUCACGAUGAUUCGUAACACCGCCGCCGUGCCGCCCCUAUCUCCGGUGGCCGGAACGCCGCACAACUGGCCUGGUCAGGUGGUGGAUUGUGGCGGUGGGUUUGGGACUCCGGCGACAGGGGACGUGUCCCUAACUUUGGGACUUCGCCACCCAGAAAAUAGUGUAAAUGUUACAAACUUUGGGGGCUAUUAAAUAUUUAGUACUAAAUUAAAACACAAAAUGGCUACAAAAAUUAUAUAUAUAUAUAUAUAGUUGGUGAAUAAUUUGGGUUUUGUAAUUGACAUAUAACUCUUAAUUGUAAAAUUAAAGUGAGAAUUGUAUUUUGUUUUGUUCA